ACUUUGUGGUAAGUAGCUCGUCACACAUUGAAAACGCAAUGACGACAGAUCACAUGACAUGUAUAUGUGUACAUAGGCACAAAUAUAGCCUGUUCGAGGUGGCAAUGCCCCUCCUAAACAAAGGAUUACGUCAGUGGAACAUGAUGAAACGCGAAGCCUAUCAAAUUAUGACAUUGUAAUUGGACUGUUUGGAUUUGACCGGCCAAUUUACGAUCACAAUAUUGUAGUUCACUGGACUAUGAACGUGGAAAUUAGAACUGUUGUAUGUUAUACACUAUCUGGACUCUGGCAUUUUCAACUGACGUGACCUGGUUUUUGCAACACAAGGGUAAAUUGUCCACGUGAAAAAGAUUUCAACAGAACGGUUCAUGAAAGAGAGUGAUGCUACUUCGAUCUUGACAACCUGAUUAACUAAAGAGGUGAUAUACAGAGAUCAAACAUGAUCAGUGGAUUGUUGGGAGGUUAUGAGACUAGUCGGUGUAAGAUUGUAUUUUCUAUGUUUUACAGGAUCAGUGGAUUGUUGGGAGGUUAUGAGACUAGUCGGUGUAAGAUUGUAUUUUCUAUGUUUUACAGGAUCAGUGGAUUGUUGGGAGGUUAUGAGACUAGUCGGUGUAAGAUUGUAUUUUCUAUGUUUUACAGGAUCAGUGGAUUGUUGGGAGGUUAUGAGACUAGUCGGUGUAAGAUUGUAUUUUCUAUGUUUUACAGGAUCAGUGGAUUGUUGGGAGGUUAUGAGACUAGUCGGUGUAAGAUUGUAUUUUCUAUGUUUUACAGGAUCAGUGGAUUGUUGGGAGGUUAUGAGACUAGUCGGUGUAAGAUUGUAUUUUCUAUGUUUUACAGGAUCAGUGGAUUGUUGGGAGGUUUCGGCAAGUGGUCCAGACUCACAGGAAGUUCCGACGAUGAUUGGAUUGACCGACUCAACCAUAUAUGGACGGUUGUGAUGCUGUCCCUUUUCGCGGUUAUUGUCAGUUCAGGUCAGUAUGUCGGUGACCCGAUCCAGUGCUGGUGUCCUGCGGAGUUCACCGGUGCACGUGUGUCAUACACAAAAUCUGUUUGUUGGAUUUCAAACACGUAUUACAUUCCAAAUGAAAAUGAAAUACCUAGGGAUGAUACUGUCCGGGAGGAGGCUGAGCUUAGCUACUAUCAAUGGGUCCCGCUGAUCUUCCUCAUUCAGGCCCUCAUGUUCAAGUUGCCAAAUGUUGCUUGGCAUAUGCUGAACGGGUACUCGGGAAUAAGUCUUGACAAAAUCACAACCAUGGCUGAAGACACUUUGCUUGCAUCUCCGGAAAAACGCUACGAAAAGAUCAUGUAUAUUGCCAAGUACAUGAAUCGAUGGAUUGAAACACACAGAGAUUGGCACUACAAUUUUUUCGUGCGGAUGCGGCAGAAACUCUCAAAUAUAUUAUGUUUCUGUGUUGGAAAAAGAGACGGUACCUAUCUGACAGGAUUUUAUUUGUUUGUCAAAGCUCUUUACUGUGUUAAUAUUGUCGGACAGUUUUUCUUGCUCAACGAAUUUUUGUCCAUGGACUACAAUCUGUUUGGUGUUGAGGUUCUCAGCUUCCUGAUGGCGAAUGGGGAAUGGAAGGCAUCACCACGCUUUCCUCGGGUCACACUUUGUGACCUUCAAAUCCGUCAGCUCAACAAUCUACAACGUUUUACAGUCCAGUGUGUUCUGCCGAUAAACUUGUUCAACGAGAAAUUAUUCAUAUUCCUGUGGUUCUGGUUACUGUUCGUAGCGGUUCUAACCUUUAUCAACUUUUCCAGCUGGGUGUACGAUAUCAUUUUUAAAGAGAACAAAGUUCGCUUUGUUAGAAAAUACCUCACAAUUCUUGGACAGCUAGAGACAGGGUUUGACAAAAAGGUGUCUCGUAAAUUUGCGGAGGAAUAUUUACGCGGCGAUGGUGUGUUUGUGCUGAGGGUUGUGGGUAAAAACUCUUCAGAUAUGGUGCUAACAGAUUUAGUUCAGCAUCUCUGGAAAGUGUUUAAGGAAGAACACUGUAAACUGCCAAAUAAAGACGAUGGACUCGGUUCAGAUCCUGAACCAAAUGAAAAAGACGUGAUGAAUGGAGAUGUUAUACACACCAAAGGCAACAAUUACAAUGUAUGACCUUGAAGAACAAGGUUUGACCUUGAAGAACUUUGACCAUAUUAAAAUUUUAGCUCAGAACAUUUAGAUGUUAAGUUGUCUGAAUAUUAUAUUAAAUGUUCUAAGUGACGAUUUACAUGUUAUACUUUUAUGUAUAAUGUGUUGUGUACAUAUAUAUGUAUAUAUGAUAUGUACUAUACUUAUAUGUUUACAAAUGUAAUCGGUUUAUCAGCAAUGUAGCAUUAUAUAGACUUCAUCAGGGAACCCUAACCCUAACCCUAAACAACAAACAUAAAAUGAAAGUAUUUUAAGUAAGUUUUUCUCAAUGUGUUUCCUUUCUUAAGCUGUUGCAAGUACUGGUUCAUAUGUGUAUGUAAUACUUAUUUUAUGGUAGCUAUAAAUAUUUAGAGGUGUACAGGGUUAGACACUAACUUUUUUUGCUUGGUAGAUAUAAUAGUCCAGGACUAGUUAAAUAUAUUAUUUACUAGUCCAAGAUUUCCUGAUGAGGAAAAAUAACGAUCUACAUCAAAAAACAUAAAAAGUAAUCGACUACCUAGGGGACUUAAAAUAAUUACUGCUAUAAAAAUAUGUAAAAUAUGUAAAAUAAAAAUAAAAUUGGAAAAUGGAGGGGUCAUUUUCAGUUUUGAGGGGUCAAUCUCAAUGGCCCUGGGGCCUCCAGGGUAGGAUUAUCCCUGAUGUACAUAGGUCACAUGUCCCUGUGUGUGUACAUUUACUGCUAAAGGCCUUAGAUCUGCCCCCCCUAUUAUAGACCUAAUUAAAGCUGUUCACAGACUGAUGUCAAGAUAUACAGUUUGAGGCCCAAUAAAGGGAUUGAAACUUAUGACUAAGCUCAUCAGCAAGAUAUAUAUGUAAAGCAUAGGAGAGUACUUGUUGAAAAUUUAUACAUAAUACAUGUAGUCUGUAGACCAUUAUGUUGAUUUGUUUAUAGCAUGCAUGCUAAAAUCUUCUUUAUUUAAUUAAGUUUGUGUAUUUCAAUUUUUUCCAUAGCCAAUGCGAUUUCUGUCUGAGUUGAGACUGUUAUUAUUUAUUAACCUUUGUCUUCAAUUUAAAAAUGUAUCUCUUAAUUCCAUCAUGUUGUAACAAUGUACACUCACAUUUAUUUCAGUAGUCAUUUUUGUCAAUAUCUAACCUUCAUAGCCUGGGAGGCUAAAUCCUCUCAGGAUUAUAGAGCUGUAUACAUAGCGGUACUGAGGUCAGAUCAGACAGGUUCCAAGGUCGGAUCAGACAGGUUCUGAGGUCGGAUCAGACAGGUUCCGAGGUCGGAUCAGACAGGUUCCGAGGUCGGAUCAGACAGGUUCCGAGGUCGGAUCAGACAGGUUCGAGGUCGGAUCAGACACUGACAGGUUCGAGGUCGGAUCAGACAGGUUCCGAGGUCGGAUCAGACAGGUUCCUAGGUCGGAUCAGACAGGUACCGAGGUCAGAUCAGACAGGUGCGAGGUCGAAUCAGACAGGUUUGAGGUCGGAUCAGACAGGUUCCGAGGUCGGAUCAGACAGGUUCUGAGGUCAGAUCAGACAGGUUCGAGGUCGGAUCAAACAGGUUCCGAGGUCGGAUCAGACAAGUUCCAAGGUCGGAUCAGACAGGUUUGAGGUCAGAUCAGACAGGUUCCGAGGUCGAAUCACUCAGGUUCUAGUGUAUGCCACUGUACCUAACAGACCUAGAUGAUCUGUGUCCACUGUUACAGUAUACACAGUAUUACAUAGAAACAGUAUUAGUAUGCACUCACAGUGUGUUGCAUUGCAUAUAAGUGAAAAUAUGAUUCUUGACUUUAAUGUUGCAUUUAUUUUUACAGUCAUAAUGACUUAUGUUUUAUGUGCAAGGCAGUAAUUUGUAGAAGUGGAAAUUUUUAUUUUUUGAAAAAAACAUACAUGUACAUCAUAUUUGACCUUAUUAAACACCCUGUAAAACUUCCUGAUAGCAGAUUCAAAAUUCAUUGUUAUAGUCUAAAGUUUUAAGGGUCAUAAAUGUUUUACAGACAUUUUCUAGUUUUCAAUUAAUUUGAUAUAAAGUUACGGUGAAGGAAUAUGCUGCUUUGCUUGUACAGUACCAAGAGAAAGAAAAGGGGACACAUUAUAAGGUUACAGUACCAAGAGAAAGAAAAGGGGACACAUUAUAGGGUUACAGUACCAAGAGAAAGAAAAGGGGACACAUUAUAAGGUUGAACACAAUAUUUUUCAAAUUGCUCAACUCAAUCAUAAUAAUGUGUACAAACAUUUAAUUGCAUAUCAUGACUUCUGGUAUUGAUUACAUAUAUACAUGUACCACCCAGGGUCUUACCAUCUAGUCAUCAGGCACAGACAGAAAGAGUAAAAAAACAUGAACAUUCACACUUCCACAACUUAAGUAUACCACUCUUUCAUGUCCCUAGUCGGCCCACUAAAGUAUACCACUCUAUCAUGUCCCGUCAGCCCACUAAAGUAUACCACUCUAUCAUGUCCCUCGUCAGCCCACUAAAGUAUACCACUCUAUUCAUGUCCCUAGUCAGCCCACUAAAGUAUACCAUUCUAUCAUGUCCCUAGUCAGCCCACUAAAGUAUACCACUCUAUUCAUGUCCCUCGUCAGCGUUUUUGAAUUUUUUUGUCAUUUUAUUCCACAGUUAGCCUUACAUUAAUGAAAUAGAUUUUAUUUUGUACAAGUUUGGGACCAACAUGAUACUUAGUGUUUUGUAGUCCGAUGUCUUCCUUUCAACUGUUCUAUAACAAAGAGACAUUAUUGUACAAUGUACUAGGUUUCCACCAUCUGGUUUCAAUUAAAUCUUGUCUAGGGCUCAAUUUGGAUCUGUUAUCUUGGUAUCAUGAUGAAACCAUGUACCGGCAUGUAUCACCCAGUGGCUUUCACAAAGGGAUAUUAAUAUCAGAUUCUUUUAAUUAAUUUAUUAAUGAUACAGGUAUAUGCCUAAACAGCCAAUAAAAAUAAGCACAUACAUUUCUGGUCAUUUCAAUUUUGGCAAAUUGGUCAGCUGCUGUACCACCUUUUGUCAAAUAUGAAACUUUAUAAUGGAAAAUUUUCUCUGAUGUUUUAUUUUUCGCCUUUUUCACCCUUUGCAAUGAGGGCAAAUUUAUUAUAACAGCGAACAGUAAUAAGUGAUAUGAUAAACAUAGUAAACAGAUGUGAAGAGCGAAAAAUUAACAAAAACAGAUUUUUAUGGAGCGGGGGGGGAGAUUUGACUUUGUGAAAGUAUUCAGUAAAAAACUAAAAAAAACUUUUAUGUACCUGACCAAAUGCCGUAACGAGAUUUCAUUAAAAUUUUUAAAAAAUCCUAAUUCUUCCGAGACCAGGAAAAUCACUUGUAACUAAGCAUGUUAUAUAAAUAUAAAAGAUAUGAAAGAAAAAAAGGACUGUUUUUGCCUCACAUUUAUAACCUUAUCAAUCUCCAUAAUGAAAGUCAGAUAUAUCAUUAGAAAGAAAAAGUACAAAUGUAUGUGUUGUUUGAUGUGAAGAUGUGGGUUAGUACAAAGUCAUUGUGAUCUAUUCUGCUGUAACAUAUAGCCCGUAUUAUACUACCAUUGAGAUUGUUUGUAUGUCUUUGUCAUAUGAAACAGAAAACAGGAUUAUGGGCAUUCUAAUUGUACUGCGUUAAAAUGUGAUAAUUACGUGUAUAUAUAUUUAUCAUAUGAAUACCAUGUUAUGCAGUGUCAUAAAGCCAUCACAUAAAUUAUGUUUAUGUAACGUGUGUAAUAUCACUCCAGAAAUGACGUCACAAUCAAAUAGGAACAAUCAAUGUAACGUCGCGUUAUUGUGAAGCGGACACAAUUUUCAUUGUUUCAGAGGGGACCAAGUGCAAAAUAUUUGUUUCAGAUCACAAUUAUACAGUUUACUUUGU